AUGUCAAAUAGCCUGCAUGGAAGCACCUCUGUAAACGCCGCAUCUCUCGGGCAUCAUAAAAAUCGAAAAUUUUAUAAGUGGUCAACUAACAACGUGUUCGAGAUAUCGCUGUACGAUUACAAACGAGGCAUGGUGCUGCGCCUGCCAGCGAAGCAAAACAGAAAUGAAAGCAGCUACAAUGAACGUGAAAUCUUCGUUUUUUCAACGUAUCUCACUGUUAAUCCAGAGGAAAUGAGAUCUAAGUAUCCAACAAGUAUUUUAUGCAUUAACAGCAAUGUUUGGACGGGAAUACGUGUAAUAUGA